AUGUCAAUACAACAAGUAUUUAUUAUAAGUAGAGCAGGAAGUCUAAUUUACGAUUGGGAAGCCAAAACAGAAAUUGUGGAAGUAGAGCGAAUCUGUGAGUAUCCACUUGAUAUUAUUUUGGAAGAAGUAGAUCAAAAAGCAGUGGUAGUUUUUGGAGAGAAAGAUGGAGUUAAACUGAGAUAUUACGUCACAGGAGUGAAUGGAUCAAAAGUUUCGGGUACCAAGUUUUACGUUGAUGAUACAGAGCAUAAUAUUUUCAAGUACUUGGAGGAUGAAUCCAAUUUCCCGGUUAGCAUUCGGUUCUCACCUCCAUCAGUUUCUACAAAUGAAAAAAUUAUACUUUCUUCUAUGUUCCAUUCAUUGUAUACGAUUGCUGUGCAGUUAAGUCCAGCGGCUAGAAGCUCUGGAAUUGAGGUUAUGGAAACGACACAAUUUCGGCUGUCGUGUUUACAAAGCAGAACAGGAGUAAAAUUCGUUGUGGUAACGUCGCCCACAGCAGCUAUUCCCAUUGAAUCUCUCCUUAACAAGCUCUAUGAACUUUAUGCUGAUUACGCCUUGAAAAACCCCUUUUAUGCUAUUGAUAUGCCUAUCAGGUGUUCGAAGUUCGAAGAAGCUCUUAAAUCGCUUUUGGAACGUUUAGAUAAGAACUCAACAUCGGUCAUGAUCUAG